AUGACCAAAGCCAAACGGCGCGUCGGCCGUCCGAAAUCGACGGCGGCGGCGCCCUCCAGAACAGCGGAAACUUCUGAGAUCACGCCAGAUCCACAAGCAUUGCCUGUAAGUCCUGCGAAAGCUAUCACCAAAGUCCCGGAAUUAAAGAAAUCUCCUCCGAAAGUGAACCAUGAGAAACCGGAGACUGACCAAAGAAAUACGAAGCCAUGGGUGGAUAUCAUUCAAGGUAACCGAAACAUUAAUAGGGGGAUGGCUAUUGAGUAUGUCCCACCACAAUUUGUUAAUGGAGAGGAAAAGAUUGUCAUCGAGGAUUGUGACGUCGAAGAUGAGAUUCGUUACUGGGAGAAUGCAGUGAUCAUCUUUGCAUUAGGGGAAUCUCUCUCAAUGCACGCGGUGAAGGGUUUUAUGGAGAAAUCGUGGAAUUUCGUGUCACUACCUGAAUUGUACUUCAAUGAAUCUGGCUAUUUCAUUGCUCGUUUCAAGGAUGCUGAUGAUCAAAGUAAAGUUAUGGAGCAAGGCCCCUAUUUCAUAUAUGGUAAGCCAUUAUUUCUCAAAUAUUGGACUAUGGAUUUUGAGCUACAGGCUGAUCUACUUCGAGUGUUGCCUUUGUGGAUUACCUUGCCUAACCUGCCUUUGCAUCUAUGGGGGAAGCAAAGUAUCUCCAAGAUCACUAGUGUGUUGGGGAAACCGAUCACAACUGAUGAAUGCACAGCACGGAAAUUGAGAAUCUCUUAUGCGAGAGUCCUUGUUGAGGUAGACAUUACUAGACCUGUGAAGGAUACCAUAAAAAUAAAGGAUCAGAGUGGAAAAGAAUGGGAUCAAAAAGUGGAAUAUGAAUGGAGGCCUAAAUAUUGCCAGACCUGUCUGAGAAUAGGGCAUGAUUGUGCUAUGAAGAAGGUGGCAGUGAAACAGCCUAAGGUUUGGCAGAAGAAACCUGAUGCUCCAGCCGUUGCAUCCAAAGCUCAAGAGAAGGAGAUUGUGAAAACUACCCAUGCACCCACUCUGGAUGAUGGGAUUCCAAUUAAUCUGCCUGAAGAGAAGUGGACCACAGUGACAACUAGCAAAUCAGACAAGGCUAAAAAGAAGAUAAACUUCUCCCCGACUAUUGACAUGAUUGUUCAAAAUGUGUUCACCCCCUUAGGGAUUGGAGGAUGUCCAGGAGGGGAAAGUAGCAACUCCAAAUGA